CCAAAAAGUUGGAGCCUUCGCUUCAACUACUCUAAUAAUAUCCCAUUUUCCCUCUUUUAGAUAAACUGAAACACAACAUAAACCCUAACCCUCGUUCACCAUCUUCAAACAAAUCUCUUCACGAUUCAACCUGCUGCUCAGAUCAUUACACAAAUCAAAGCUACAAAAUGAAAGGAGGAACCCUUCAGAUCAACUGGCACGACACUAAACCCGUUCUAACCCUAGAUUUUCACCCCAUCUCCGGCAUUCUCGCCACCGCUGGAGCUGAUUACGACAUCAAGCUGUGGCUUAUAGCUUCUGAAGAAGGGGAAAAGAAGGUUCCUGCUUCUACUUACCAGAAUAGCCUUUCGUAUCAUGGAUCAGCUGUCAAUGCUAUCCGCUUUUCUCCUUCCGGAGAGUAUCUUGCUUCUGGUGCUGAUGGUGGUGAGCUGAUAAUAUGGAAGCAGCACAAUACUGACUCUGGUCAAGUAUGGAAGGUCCUCAAGACACUAUCGUUUCACCGAAAGGACGUAUUGGACUUGGAGUGGUCUACAGAUGGUGCAUAUCUAAUUUCUGGAUCAGUCGAUAACUCAUGCAUCAUAUGGGAUGUUAAUAAAGGGUCUGUUCAUCAGAUUUUAGAUGGCCAUUUCCAUUAUGUUCAAGGUGUAGCAUGGGAUCCUUUAAAUAAGUACACUGCUUCACUUAGUUCAGACAGAACUUGUCGCAUAUAUGCUAAAAAACCGCAAAAUAAAGCAAAAGGAAGUGAGAAGCUUAAUUAUGUUUGUCAGCAUAUUCUUUCUAAAGUUGAACCACAAGUGGCUGAAGAAUCCAAGUCUGCUAAACACCAUAUUUUUUAUGACGAGACACUGCCAUCUUUCUUUAGAAGAUUAUCUUGGUCACCUGAUGGUUCAUUUCUUCUUGUGCCUGCUGGUUCUUACAAACUAUCACCCACUUCAGAGCCUGUCAACACUGCUUAUGUGUUGUCUAGAAAAGAUCUUUCAAGGCCUGCUUUAAUGCUCCCUGGUGCCAGCAAAGCUGUUGUAGCAGUGCGUUUUUGCCCUAAGGCCUUCAGCCUCCGUGGGUUAGGCACACCUUCAUCUUUCAAGCUCCCAUAUAGAUUGGUAUUUGCGGUUGCCACAUUAAAUUCUUUAUAUGUAUAUGACACCGAAGGCGUUGAGCCAAUAGCAGUCUUGGCCGGUCUUCAUUACGCAGCCAUAACUGACAUUGCAUGGUCACCUACAGCCAAGUUCUUAGCACUGUCUUCUCAAGAUGGUUAUUGCACCCUUGUGGAAUUCGAGAACGAUGAGUUGGGAGUGCCCGUCUCUCUUUCAGGAAUUGAACAAGUUCCAGUAGAUGAGAAUACAGCUGCAGUUGAUGAUCUGGAAAGAAGUAAAGAAACCAAAAAAGAGCAAGAAGUCGUGAAAAAGGCUGAUGUUCAGGCAAUGGAAACAGAUGAAAAGAAAGGGGAACCGAGUUUAGUGAACUCAACAGAGAAACAGGAUGGAAAACAACCAUCACCAAGCGCGGUGCUUCCAAGUAAACCAGCUAAGAGACGAAUUACCCCAAUGGCCAUUGAUUGAGUUAGUUUUUUUCCCUAAUGUAUCUGAAUGCUAAUUCAACUAUUGUUUUUUUAAUACCCACUUUGUAUAAUCUUUAAGGAUGCCUAGAAAUUUUGUAAUCCAAUUUGGUUUCCUAUAUUGUUUCAUGAUUA